CUAUUUUAUUUUGUGACACAUCAGCUGAAACUGAAUAUAAAAUUUAUAACAUAACCUCAUUUGUUGGAUGUCCAAAAGUUUGUAAAAGAUGUGGGCAGAUACUCUUUUAAUAGUAUUUAUUUCUAUAUGCACGGCAUUCUUAGGUGAAGGUUUAACAUGGGUGAUGGUAUACCGCACCGAAAAAUAUCAAAAAUUAAAGACGGAAGUUGAAAAGCAAAGUAAAAAAUUAGAAAAACGAAAAGAAAUUCAUGGAGAUUCGUUAGAUAAACAGCAUAAGAAGAAAAUAGAACGUGAAGAAGAAAGGCUUAAAAAUAAUAAUAGAGAUUUAUCUUUUGUGAAAAUGAAAUCAAUGUUUGCAAUAGGUUUUGCGUUUACAGCUCUAUUAAGCAUGUUUAAUAGCAUAUUUGAUGGAAGAGUAGUGGCUAGAUUACCUUUCUUACCCCUGACAUGGAUUCAAGGAUUGAGUCACAGAAAUCUUCCUGGAGAAGAUUACUAUGAUUGUUCAUUUAUCUUCCUUUAUAUUUUAUGCACCAUGUCUAUCAGACAGAAUAUUCAAAAGCUGCUUGGAUUUGCACCUUCUAGAGCAGCUUCCAAACAAGGCAACAGCCUAUUUGGCCCUACUCCAGGACAAUUUAAAUAGGAUAUGUGGUAAUUGUUUACUGUCUCCAUUACUGAGGAAAAAUGAAUAUUUUUUACCACAAUGCCUUAUUACUUACAAAUUCUUCUAGUAUAUUUUUAUCCAUUCCAGGACAUUUGAUAUUAUCUUUGAAACCAAGGUAUGACGUUUCUUGAAGGAAUUGGUUUAUUUGAUCAUUAUAAAUAUAUAACUAUUAUAAAUAGUGAAUAUGCUUGGUAUAUUUCUUGAUUUUAGUCAAGUGUGUGGUGCCUGAUAACCUUUAUUAUAUUUGCAUUUUGAUGGUCUAUGACA